AUGGCCGACGUAUUCACCGACGAACCCACCGCGCCCUUUAUCGUCGACGGCGACGUCCUCGAGGCCGCGAAGGAGAACAUCCAGCCGCUCGCGUCCGGCCGGCGCGUCACCGCGCUCUCCGCCAUCUUCUCCACGCCACACGCCCAGCGCGAGAGCCGGCAGGCCGACGCGCGCCGCCGCCACCGCGCCAACGUCGAGAUCGCGCUGGAGGACGAGGACGACGACGCGGACCCGCUCGAGGCGUACAGCCGCUUCGUGUACUGGACGGUCGAGAACUACCCGCAGGGGCACAGCGCGGAGUCGGGCCUGCUCGAGCUGCUCGAGGAGGCCACGCGCGUCCUGCGGGACGACCGCGGGGGCCGGUGGCGCGCGGACCUGCGCUACCUGAAGCUGUGGACGCUGUAUGCGAGCUAUGUGGACAAGCCGACGGUGAUCUACAAGUAUCUGCUCGUGAACGAGAUCGGGACGGCGCACGCGCUGUUCUACGAGGAGUACGCGAUGGCGCUCGAAAGAGCAAACAGACGCGUCGAGGCGGACGACACGUACAUGCUGGGCAUCGCACGCAAGGCAGCCCCGCUCGAGCGGCUCGAGGCCAAGCACCGGGAGUUCCAGAAGCGCAUGAUGGCCUCCCCGACUCUCCCCUCCUCUUCCUCCUCUUCGUCUACUUCCCUUGCCGCUGCCGCCGCUGCACCUGCUUCUGGUACUGCUGCCACUCGCCGGAAGCCACUCGGCGAACCUGCCCCAUCCUCCUCCUCAGCCUCUCGCACGCGUUCAACACGAGCUGGCUCUACACGAACCGCACCUGCCAACGAAGACGUAUUCUCCGCGCCCGCUGCUCCGCGUCCGAACGGCCGCAUGCCCAUCUUCGUCGAUCCGUCUGGCGACGCGGAGAACGAUCCAGACCAGGCGACGAACCCCACGCCCUGGCCGGAGCUUGGCACGCGCAAGACGCGUAUCAAGGAGAACACGAUGGAGGUGAGCAAGGCCGCUGGAUCCACGCUUCGCCAGGCCCGGUCGAAGCGCGCACCGUCCGGAUCGAAGAUCGCGGUCUUCCGCGACCCCGCGCCAGACGAGGAGGUGUCGGAGGAGAUGCCGCCGCCCCCAGUUCCAGUUGCUAAGAAGGAGAAAGGAAAGGCGGCGGGGAAGAGCUCGAUUGCGAUUUUCCGCGACGAAGAGGAGGAGGCGAGCAAGCCCUCGCCCGCCGUUCCGUCUACUCCGAAGUUUGUGCCCUUCAAGGAUGAGGAGCCCGAGUCACCGCCACCUGCAUCUUCCGCUGCCGCGGGUUCUGUCAUGAAGCCAAAGCCCGCCCCGGCCGUGAAACCUGUGACAAUGAGUGCAGAAGCCGAGGCGCUUCGGAAGGAUCCGUUCAAGAACUACAGCGUGGAGGAGAAGCCGACGGAGGAAUGAGCGACCGCGACGACUACUCUGUGCUGUAUGGUUGCUUUCUGAGGGGUCUUGAAUUGUAUU